CACGUAUGGGUGAGGAGAGUGCCCGAUUGGUUCAGAACCCUAGCCUCCACCCCCACUCGCGCCCCUCUCCUUCGCUCCUGUCCUCCCCCGCCGCGCCGCCAUCUUCCCCGCACUCGUCGCCACCGCUCCCGCGUGCUCUGCCUCCUCCCCUUCCCUCAUCCUCGUGCAGCCGCCGCGGCGCUCCCGCAUCUCCUCCCCUUCCUCUCCCACCACCAUGUUCGCGGAGGCGCUGCAGAUCCCCGCCGACCAGGCCGCGCUGGCGCUCGGGGCGCUCGCCGCCGUGCUUCCCGGUGACGACGACGCCCCCGCAGCGGACGACGCGUCGGAGGCCGACCUCCACGCAAACCCUAGCGCAGCUCAAGGCGAAGCUCGUGGCGCCGGGGCCGGGCACGUGGGUGGCGCGGUGCUCACGGAGGCGCUACAGAUCCCCGCCGAGCAGGUCGCGCCGGCGCUCGGGGUGCUCGCCGUCGUGCUCCCCGGCGACGACGACGACCCCGCAACGGACGGAGCUGGCGCCUCCCCGCCCCCAUCUAUCCACUCCGUCCAGUUGGGACGGUGGCGUGCCGGAAGGGCUGUCUUGCGAGUUGACCGGAGUGGGAGUACACCGGAGAGGCUUCUGAGAUGGCUGAGGGAUCUGUCUAAGGUUUGCUGGUUGAUUUGUCCUGACUGGGGUCUGCUUGUUCUCUUGGCUCCUGGGCUGUGCUGCUCGAAGUUGCUUCACUGGUUUCCUUGCAGUACCGUUGAUCUGGGCAUCCAGGCACCCAAGCUUUUCUUCGCGCGAUGGCAUCAGGCACACGGAGGGAACUCUUCUUCAUCGGUGCGAUGAACAAUGACCGUGAUCUCCGUUCCACACCGUCACCAGCUAGCAAGAUGAAGCAUUCUGUCACGGUUAGGCCGAAGGCUAUGCUUAGCGCUGUUCUUGCUGAAGAUGGUUUACCAGAGGUGAAGUACAAGACCUGCGCAUCUUACCAUGGCCGUGUGGCGGCUACUCCAUCACAGUCGCGUUCAUCUGCAGCGGCAAAGCAUAUGAGGAUCAAUGGCGACCCAGCUGUGGAUGCCAAUGGGCCAUGCAAAAUGCUGCUCCUCGGUGCUUGGAGCAUCUUCAGGCCACCAUGGAUAUUGAAUUUGACUGCCCUCAAAUGCAUAAAAUUAAGACCGAGAUGAAGUACCUGUCGGGCAGUGUCGACGAGAAAGACAGGAAGAUCAGAGAUCUGAAGGCUAAGGUGGAAAAAAGGAAUCUGCGGGUCAACGGGCUUACCAAGGGCUGGGGUCACUGGCAGAUUACCUGCUCGGAUCUGCAUAUGAUCAAGCUUUGCUUCCGACUGGUUCUUCGGUAGUUCGUUUUUUAUCAUAGCUGAAAAUGCAUUGCACCGUGUAUGCUUACUCUCCUAUGAUGCUUUCUACGCUCUUGUGUUAGGUAAGGGGCAUUUUUUGCUUCGAUCAUUUUGAUUCUGAUUAGAUCUUUAUUUCCAUUUGACUUCCUGCUGUAUCUUCAUCUCCAUUUAACUUAUUGAUAUGGUUUCGUUUCA